AAUUUUAAAAUUCCAAUUUGAUUUGUUUUGUGUAGACGUAGGUGGAAAAUGUUCUCAAGUUGAUAAUCAUACAGAAAAUAGGAAAUUUAUGUAGAAAAUGGGUAAUGCUGACACGAAACUCAAUUUCCGAAAAGCGGUAGUGCAACUAACAUCAAAAAACCAACCUAUUGACGCAGCAGAUGAUAACUUCUGGGAUCAGUUUUGGUCGGAAACUGUAACCAAUGUGCAAGAUGUUUUUGCUUUGGUACCGGGAGCAGAGAUCCGAGCCCUUCGCGAGGAAUCUCCUAAUAAUCUUGCCACCCUUGUAUACAAAGCCGUGGAAAAAAUGGUUAAGAUUGUGGACAACAGCUGUCGAACACAACGAGAACAACAGACUGCUCUGAACUGUGCUAGACUUCUUACUCGUGUACUGCCAUAUAUGCUAGAAGAACCUGAAUGGCAUAGCUUCUUUUGGUCUUCACUCCCAGCUGCUACUGAAAAUGAGUCAGUGCCUCUUGCACAGUCACUGAUUAAUGCUAUGUGUGAUCUCCUCUUUUGUCCUGACUUCACUGUGACUAGUUCGAAGAGAUCUGGCCCAGAACGGGCUGAAGAAUUAUCAUCUCUAGACAGCUGUGAAUAUAUUUGGGCUGGCGGAGUUGGAUUUGCCCGGAGUCCGGCUCAUUGUGCUCAACAUGAGGCAAAUAGAACAGAACUAUUGCGGUUAUUGCUGACUUGCUUUAGCGAGACUAUAUAUAGGCCCCCGCAACAGGCAGCUACUCAUCAUAAUAAGUGGAUUGCCUACCUCACGAGUCCGGAUAACCGACAUGCCUUGCCUCUAUUCACAUCGUUACUGAACACAGUCUGCUCAUACGAUCCUGUUGGUUUGGGUGUGCCAUACAACCAUUUGUUGUUUGCUGACACCCUCGAACCACUUGUUGAGGUUGCUUUGCAAGUUUUAAUCGUAACAUUAGACCAUGAUACAAGCAAUGUCGUCAGCGAAGAUUCGGAAGAGAGUCUACCAGACAACCUGUUCAUCAACUAUCUAUCCCGGAUCCAUCGCGAUGAAGACUUCUCCCUGGUUCUCCGUGGCGUGACUCGUCUCCUCAAUAACCCUCUGCAACAGACCUAUCUCCCGAACUCUAGCAAAAAGGUCGCACUGCAUCAGGAAUUGUUGGUGCUGUUCUGGAAGAUGUGUGAUUAUAAUAAGAAAUUCAUGUACUACGUGUUGAAGAGUAGUGAUGUUCUGGAAGUGCUGGUACCGAUACUAUACCAUCUGAAUGACUCACGCGCCGAUCAAUCUCGCGUAGGACUCAUGCACAUUGGAGUAUUCAUACUUCUCCUUUUAUCCGGGGAACGGAAUUUCGGGGUCCGUUUGAACAAGCCCUACUCGGCGACCGUGCCUAUGGACAUUCCGGUGUUCACGGGCACUCACGCUGAUCUCCUAGUCGUGGUGUUCCAUAAGGUGGUGACCACGGGACACCAGAGGCUACAGCCAUUGUUCGACUGUCUUUUGACUAUACUUGUUAAUGUGUCGCCAUACCUCAAAACCCUGUCGAUGGUGGCAUCGACGAAGCUCCUUCAUCUCCUAGAAGCAUUCAGCACGCCAUGGUUUCUCUUCUCCCAACCCCAGAACCACCACCUUGUAUUCUUUUUACUCGAAAUGUUUAAUAACAUGAUACAGUAUCAGUUUGAUGGAAAUUCAAAUUUAGUGUACACAAUAAUCCGCAAGAGGGCGGUUUUCCACAAUUUAGCGAAUUUACCUCACGAACACGCUUCCAUCGCGAAGUCUUUGGCCGCAGCCAACGCCAAAGAUACAGACAAAGCCCUACCCAGAUCCCGCAGUGCAGAGUCAGUCGUGGAGGCUGCGAUGGAAGGUUCUCGACCGGCGCAGCCUGCUGAACCUGGGACCCUCAAUCCCACCUUACCGGAUACACCUGCGAUAGCAACAAUGACAGAGCGUGAAUCCGCGCAUCCGCCUGCGCGUGAGCAGUUAUUGCCUCGAAGGUCCGGAGAUGGAGAGGAUCGGACUGACACUGAAUCUGACAGGGAGGAUGUCACGCGGACUGUUGCCCAUCGGGAUAGCCUCCGCUUGAACGAUAAGCCAGAAGGCUGGAAGGCCAGCAGCGAGUGGGUAUCCAGUUGGCGAGGAAGGCUGCCCUUGCAGACCAUCAUGAGACUUCUGCAAGUUCUGGUCCCACAGGUGGAGAAGAUCUGCAUUGACAAGGGUCUCACUGAUGAGUCGGAAAUCCUCCGUUUCCUCCAGCAUGGGACGUUGGUGGGCCUCCUACCGGUACCACAUCCGAUUCUUAUUCGGAAGUACCAGCCUAAUGCUGGAACAGCUGCAUGGUUCCGCACUUAUAUGUGGGGGGUGAUAUAUAUCAGAAAUGUUGACCCACCAAUCUGGUACGACACGGACGUCAAGCUUUUUGAAAUUCAGCGAGUUUAAUUAUCAUGCUAUUGAUUUAAAUAUAAUAUUUUAUCCUUAGGUUAAAAAAAUUGGAAUCAUUUGAUUAACACAUAUUAAAUUAUUGAAAUGAGUUUGAAAAUAAAUUUAAUAAACAUUACUCUAGUUUAAAAUUUAAUAAACUUACGCAGUUCUAGAAAUCUGUUAAUAAUCUUAUUUAUACAAACUUAAUUAUGCAACACUUUAAAACUAUACUUUCGUCUCCUUCUGCAAAGUGUGUUUACGCUAUGAUAGAAUGAGACAAAUAAAAUAAUUGGUUUCAUUUAAAAUCGUUAAUGUAAUUUUAUUAUUUAAUUAGUUAAAUUUAUAUUUAUUAAGAGUUUUAAGUUCAUAACGUUAGCUAUAUUUUUUUGUUUAACGCAAUUUUAGAUGUGACAUUAUUUCUUUAUUUAUAUACCAAAACUCAGGUUUUUAAAGUAGUUCACAAUUCUUUUACGCCUUUGAUUAUGAUUUUUGAUGAAUUUUUAUAAAGUUAUUGUCGGUUCGGUUGUAGUCAACGAUUUAUUCAUAUUGUAUCUGUAUAUAAAAUAAGCCAAUACAAUAAAUAGAGAAAUUUCAAUCGUUUUUGCGUUUGUUAAAUUUUCGUUUUUUUUUAUUACAUUUUUAAAAUGAUUUCUAACCCGUAAUCAUAUAUAAAAAAUAUUUUGGAAAUACAUAUAUAUCGAAAGUUAAUUGUGAAUGGUUACCGAUUACCGAAUCGAAAGCAUAUGGUAUGAUGUUUAUAUUAGAUUUCUCCAUAUUUUUUUAAUAAGUCAUAAUAACGUGAUAUUUUUUUUAGUUUUGCUUGUGUGGCGUGACUUUUGCAAUAGUGUCUUAACUUACUGGCCUAGUUAAUAUAAUAAUUAUUGUGUUAUAACUUUAAUGAGCACAUUCCAAGGACGAAUAUUGCGACAGAAUUUAAUAUUGAGUCGAAAGGCGCGUUGCGUAUCGUUAGCGAGUUUACGUACGUAAUUUUACGAAACGCGCCAUCAUUUUCUUCGUUUUACAUUCACCAGGAUAUGUAUGGUGCAUUACAGACUCUUAAAUGUAUCCUUAUUGGAUAUGAGACCAUAUUUUCAAAGGCGUCUUCGUGACUCUUUGAAUCCACUGUAAUGUAAGCGAUUAUAACAUUGAAAAUAUUUACGCUGUCUUACAAGUUUUUAUAUCAACGUGUGCAAGGGAGACAGCUGUAUUUUUAUCUUUUUCUUCCAAGUGAGAUUUCCUUGUUUAUGUUACCUUGUAUAUUUAGGCAUAGAUUAUUUUCAGGGCAUGUGUGAUGUCUAUCUUUGUCUUGCUGUAUACAAAAGAGAGAGAGAGUAUUGUAAUAUUGUUAAUCCUAGUAGAUAUUGUUUCGUGAACUAUGUUUUGUGAUACUUUUCAUCUGCCUAUAGAUUAUACCAAAAUGCAUUUCAUUUUACGUAAUUAAUUUCGAAUUUUAUGUUAGAUUUAUCUAUUUAUUUUACUAUAUCACUAAUGUACUUAAUGUUAUAAAUAAAAACUUGAGCUUUA